CGACCCGCCGGCGAAUGCACCUCCUCCUCCAGCGGCGGCGGAGGACGAGAGGAGGCGACGAUGGCCGCCGCUGUCAACCCGGUUGUAGAGAUGGCUUCGGAGAUCGGGGGACCGCUGUCUGUGGCUGGAAACGCUGGAUCUGCGGCUCAAACCCAGGAUAGUGGGGGCAUCAUGUCUCGAGCACCCAAGAGGCACCCAGGCCUUGACUUUGAUGAUGAUGAUGAUGACGGGGAAGGGAGCAGCAAGUUUCCAAGGUGCGAUGGUGACGAAGGGUCCAAUGACAAAGAGAGAUUUGCCAGAGAGAACCACAGCGAGAUUGAGCGGCGCCGUCGGAACAAGAUGACGGCCUACAUCACGGAGCUGUCGGACAUGGUGCCCACCUGCAGCGCCCUGGCCCGCAAGCCCGACAAGUUGACCAUCCUGCGCAUGGCCGUGUCCCACAUGAAGUCGCUGCGGGGAACCGGCAACACCUCGAUCGACGGCACUUAUAAACCCUCCUUCCUCACGGACCAGGAGCUGAAGCACCUGAUCCUGGAGGCGGCGGAUGGUUUCCUCUUCGUGGUGGCGUGCGAGACGGGCAAGAUCAUCUACGUGUCGGACUCGGUCAUGCCAGUCCUCAACCAACCGCAGUCGGAGUGGUUCGGGAGCAGCCUGUACAGCCAGGUCCACCCCGAAGAUGUGGAGAAACUACGGGAGCAGCUCUCCACCAGCGAGAACGCCAUGACAGGGGCAGGUCGCAUUUUGGAUCUGAAGACUGGGACAGUGAAGAAGGAAGGUCAGCAGACCUCCAUGAGAAUGUGCAUGGGGUCACGACGGUCCUUCAUAUGCCGAGUGAGAUGUGGGAAUGCUCCAGUGGAUCCAGCAUCCAUGAACAGGCUCAGCUUCCUGAGGAACAGAUACAGAAAUGGCCUGGGACCCCUGAAGGAAGGAGAGCCUCAGUUUGUGGUGGUGCAUUGCACUGGCUUCAUCAAAGCAUGGCCUCCCGCAGGUGUGACGUUACCUGAUGAUGAACCAGACGGGGGGCAAGGGAACAAGUUCUGCUUGGUGGCUAUUGGCCGUUUGCAGGUCACCAGCUCGCCGAGUUGCGUCGACAUGAAGGGCAUCAGCCUCCCGACCGAGUUCCUCUCCCGCCACAACACCAGCGGCAUCUUCACCUUCGUCGAUCACCGGUGCGUGGGCACUGUGGGAUACCAACCCCAGGAGCUGCUGGGGAAAGAUAUUGUGGAAUUUGCCCACCCCGAGGAUAAAGGACUCUUGCGCGACAGCUUUCAGCAGGUGGUCACCCUGAAGGGGCAGGUGUUGUCCGUCAUGUUCCGCUUCCAGACCAAGAGCCGAGAGUGGGCGGUGAUCCGGACCAGCUGCUUCACCUUCCAGAACCCUUAUUCCGACGACAUCGAGUACAUCGUCUGCACCAACACGAACGUCAAGCAUUUGCAGCAGACGCCCGCUCUCACCGGACCCGAGGAGCUGACGUACGAGCACCCGCAGGUCGGAGUUCAGGCCCCAGCCACAGAACACACCAAGCCCAUCAGCAAGACGGAGCCGCACUACAACAGGGAGGCGGACGCUCGCUACGCCGACAUCUACUCCGGAAUCACCGCAGCUGACCAGAACAAGGCAGUUCCAUCGAGCCCAGCUGCUGGGAACCAGCAGAUCUACCAGCAAGGGACCUCCUUCCCGUCGGCACGCCCAGCGCAGAACUUCAGCACCGGGAUGGCUCCGUCGGUGAACGUGGUGCAGCAGCCCAGCUCGGCGGGACAGAUCCUGGCCCAGAUAUCCCGGCAGUCGUCCGCCGGCCAGGUUUCCGGGAACGCCUGGAGCGGAAGCCGUCCCCCGUUCCCGGCACAGCAGAUGGCGAUGCAGGGGGUGAAAACGCAGUCGCCUCCGUUCGGAAUGGGAGCGAGCCACAACUUCCCGGCCAACACGGCUUCCUUCAGCCCCCUCGCCAACCCCGCGGCCACGCCCGCAGCCGGGGGCACCGCCUACCCGCCCCUCCCCAACCGCACCCCUGCUUUCGCAGAGGCCGGGCAGACGGGCGCGCAGUUCCAGAGCCGGCCUGCGGAGGGAGCGUCGGUGUGGCCACAGUGGCAGGGUCAACAUCAUGGGCAAACAUCGGCCGAGCCGCACGCACACCAGCCUCAGAGCCAGCCCGAGGUCUUUCAGGAUAUGCUGUCCAUUUACGAAGAACAGAACGCCACGUACAACAGCGACGAGUUCUCCGAGCUGCCCAUGUUCCCGUCGUUCUCGGAAUAGCCCGGAAGGGCGGGGGAGGGAAACCCGCCUCAUCUGUAGUUUUUUUUCUCUUUCUCACACACCCCACUCUCCCCUUGACGAAAGCGUGUGUGUGUGCGCGUGCGUGCGUGCGUGUGUGUGUGUGUGCGUGCGUGCGCGACC